AUGGCCCGCCGCAUCUGCAGACUGACCCCCCGCGCGGCCUUUGUGGCUGCCUUUACCUUGCUAGCGCUCCUAGCGCUCAGCUCCGCGGCCAACACCGCCGUGGCCGCCGCCAAGCAGUACAACGGCGUGAGGGUGCUGCUCCAACAGGCCGCGGCCGCUCAAAGCGACGGGGAGCAGUGGGGCGCCAACGGCGCCGGCAGUGACGCCUGGCGUGCCGGCCCGCCGGCCGCCUCCCUGCAGGUGGACGCCUCCACCGCCUCCCAAGCCCGCCGCCAGCUCCUCUUACUCAACGCGCGGCGCGCCGCCGCCCAGCGCAAGGCUGCCGCUGCUGCCGCCGCCAAGGCCGACAAAGCUGCCGCCGCCGCCAAUGCUACGGCGGCGGCGUCCGCAGCUGCUUCCGCCUACUUGGCGGCGGCUGCUCACUGCACGUGCGACGCCGGCAACGGCACCUUCAUCAACGGCACCUUGGUGGCCGCCGCGGCGUCCUCAAAGGCCCGCUUCAGCCAGGACGCGCUCGUCACAUCCGACAUCACCUCGGUCGUCGUGUCGGCGCUCGCCCUCGUCUACUCCCUCCUUCAGCUGCUGUCUCCGCUGGCCGAGGCCGCCGUCAGCGGCAGCCUGACGAUCGGCGCCGGCGCGCUGCUCAACUUUGCCAUGCUGCUGGCGCAGCUCUGCGCGUCGGGCACCGACCUCGCGUCAAAUAUCAUGUGA